AAAAUGGCUCCUCAUUCUUCCUCCUCCCAUGUCUUCCUCCUCUCCAUAGCCCUUCUCUCCAUGUCUUGCUUUUCACUCUCCCCUCUCAUCUUACCCAUUGGAAAAGACCCAAAAACCCUUCUCUUCUACUCCCAAGUUAGCAUAGGAACGCCACGUCACAACAUGGACCUAGUCAUUGACCUUGGAGGCCCAAUCGUAUGGUACGACUGCAACACCCACUACAACUCUUCCUCCUACCACCCCGUCUCUUGCGACUCCAAACAAUGCCCUUCUGGCUCAUUCUGCAGCGGUUGCAACGGUCCUUUCAAACCCGGUUGCUCCAACAACACCUGUGGCGCCAAUAUACUAAACCCUUUUGCCAACGCAAUCUUCACCGGAGACACCGGUGAAGAUGCUUUGACAAUAGCCGGGACCAAGGUCUCUGGCUUACUCACCGGAUGUACCGAUUCACAAGGGUUCACCGGUGAGCCCAGAGUCCUGCAAGGCCUACCGCCUUCAGCGAAAGGAAUAAUAGGCCUUGCGAGGACGCAACUCGCAUUGCCAACACAGAUCUCUUCUCUCUUCAAGCUUUCUAGAAGAUUCUCACUCUGCCUAACGUCCUCGAACAAGUACGGACUGGGGAAUCUUUACAUUGGCGCUUCACCGCGCUCCACGGUAAAAAAUGUCGAUGUUUCAAAGAUCAUGCAAAGAACAAGCAUUAUUGUUAACCCAGUUAGCACUGCACCGAUCUCGAGCGAAGGUGAAGCGUCAUAUGAGUACUUCAUAGACGUGAAAUCGAUCAAGAUCGGUGGCAAGGCUCUUAACCUAAAGACUCCUCUUUUGUCCAUUGACAAAAAGGGAAACGGUGGUACCAAACUUAGCACCAUGGAUCCAUUCACCAAGUUGCAUAGUACUAUAUACAAACCUCUAGUGCGAGAGUUCAUGAAGCAGGCUUCGGAUAAGAAGAUGAAGAAGGUGCAAUCGAUUGCGCCAUUCGAAGCGUGCUACGAUUUCAAGAGUCUUGGUAGGACCAAGACAGGGUUUGACGCUCCCACGAUCGAUUUGGUGCUUGGAAAUGGGGUGCAGUGGACAAUAUACGGUGGGAAUUCAAUGGUUUUGGUGAAGAAAAAUGUGGCAUGUUUGGGAGUUGUGGAUGGUGGUAAAAAUGCAAUGACUGCUGUUGUUAUUGGUGCGCAUCAAUUGGAGGAGAAUCUUUUGGAGUUUGAUUUGGUUUCUAAUAAACUUGGCUUCAGUAACUCACUCCAUCUUCACAAUGCAAUGUGUUCCCAGCUCAGAAUCUAAGUUUUAUUAUUGGUGAAAACUCACUAUUUCACUUGAAGUUGAUAACUAAGAGCUAUUAGAUUAUUUGAUUGAUUUGAUUAAAUUUUCGUCUAAUGACUCUCAAUUUACGUGAAUUGGACUUUACCUAGAUUUUCACUUUAUUAUUUAGGCAAUGAGUACAGUGUGUAAGUUGGAUUGAAUAAAUUAAAGGCUUUUGGCCA